AAUAAGGCAAUAAGCUUCUCUCUCUUCUCACAGAUCGCGGUUUCCGCGACCCAAAUCUCUCUGAAAAUCCCUUCUUUUUCGCCUUUCGUGUUCUUACCCGUUCUCUCGAUUGCUCGAUUCGAUUCGAUAGGUCGUCGGCGAGUCGUCGGUGGCCGCUCUGCGAAUUAGGGUUUCGGCGUUUUUGAUCGGCUGAUGUGCGUGAACGCGGCGGAUCUAGGGUUUCGCGGAUCGGUAUAGAGGUAGCAGGUGGGUGCCUAGGGUUUAUUCGUUCUGUCAUCGGGGACAAGGGGAUUUGUUUAAAGGUGGGGAAUUGAUGUGUCUCGCACGGGGAGGACGAGGGAUCGGAACCAACAACGGUGGGGAAGAUGCAAGGCUAUGCAUGGGCGGCAAGGUGAAGAGAGGAAACGGAGGCAGCACAUGUGGUCGGUCCCUGCGCCCGGUACAGCAGCAGCAGUAGAGAAACCGGCUGUGAUUAUACAGCCACCAGCUCCGGCGGCAAAUUUGGUUCAGACCUCUGCAGAUUCUUUCUUGAAGCAGGACGGUAGAAAAGUUCAAGUAGGUGAUUGUGCACUUUUCCAGGCAGGCAAUGCUCCACCUUUUAUUGGAAUUAUACGAUGGUUUUCGACUGACAAAGAGGCUUAUUUCAAAUUAUGUGUAAAUUGGCUUUACCGACCUGCUGACGUCAAGCUUGCAAAAGGCAUAUUACCAGAAGCAGCACCGAACGAAGUCUUUUACUCUUUCCACAAGGACGUAAUAUCUGCUGCUUCUUUACUUCAUCCUUGUAAAGUUGCAUUCCUUCGCAAGGGUGUUGACCUGCCAUUGGGAAUAUCUUCGUUUGUGUGUAGGAGAGUGUAUGACAUAGCGAACAAGUGUUUAUGGUGGCUAACUGAUCAGGAUUAUAUAAAUGAACAUCAGGAAGAAGUAGAUCAGCUUUUAGAUAAGACUAGGCUAGAAAUGCAUGCUGCAGUGCAGUCUGGGGGACGCUCUCCAAAGAGAUUGAAUGGUCCAUCAUCAGCAGAACAGUUAAAAUCUGGUUCAGAUAGCAUACAGAACAGUGGGACUUCCUUCUCUUCUCAACUUAAGGGCAAGAAGAGGGAGAGGGGUGAUCAUGUUACAGACCCUAUUAAGCGAGAACGUACUUCAAAAACGGAUGAAGGUGAUUCUACUGGUUUUAUCUUUGACAACAACAUGCUAAAGUCUGAGAUAUCUAAAAUAACAGAGAAGGGGGCCCUUACAAGUACUGAUGGGGUUGAGAAGCUGGUUCAGCUGAUGCAAGUUGAUAAUAGUAAGAAAAUAGAUUUAAAUUGCCGGGUUCUAUUAGCAGAUGUGAUUGCAGCUACUGAUCGAGUAGACUGCCUGAACAAGUUUGUGCAGAUUAGGGGUGUGCCUGUUCUAGAUGAAUGGCUUCAAGAGGCACACAAAGGAAAGGCUGGUGAUCGGCAUAGUCCCAAAGAGAGCGAUAAAGCUGUGGAAGAGUUUUUGUUGGCAUUACUUCGUGCAUUGGAUAAGUUACCUGUCAAUCUAAAUGCCCUCCAGACUUGUAAUAUUGGAAAGUCUGUGAAUCAUUUGCGCAGUCAUAAGAACUUGGAGAUUCAGAAGAAAGCUAGAAGUCUUGUGGACACUUGGAAGAAAAGAGUUGAUGCGGAAAUGAAAACUAAUGAUGCCAAACCUGUUGGACCCAGCCAAGCCAUGGCAUGGCCGGUCAAACAGGGUUUCUCUGAACUUUCACAUGCUGGAAAUAGGCGUACUGGAUCGGGCGAGUUAUCUUUGAAAAGCUCAAUCACUCAGCAAUCCACAUCUAAGGGCAUGGCUGUGAAGUCUGUUCAUGCAGAUGCUGUGAAGUCUACAGCUGCUAUUGUGGGAUCUGGGAAACUGCAAGUUUCUUCUUUGGCAUCUGGAAUAAUUAACUCAAAGGAGUCGCUUUCAAAAGUUGCUGCUGGUAGUGGGAUUUCGGAUUUGCCACAGAUAGUAGCAAAGGAGGAAAAGAGCAGCAGUUCGAGCCAGUCUUGUUCAAGUGAUCAUGGCAAGACUGUUGGCUCUUCUUUGAAGGAAGAUGCUAGGAGCUCUACUGCAGGAUCAGUGAAUGCCAACAAGACUUCUGGUGGUUCAUCACGCCAACGAAGGUCAAACAAUGGUUUUAUAGCUAGCAAUAUAACUGGGGGGCACAGGGAAUCUAUUUCGAACAAAUCAGUCAUGCUUGUCCGAAAUUCAACGGUUGAGAGGUCUUCACAUGCUGGAGUAAAUUAUGAUAAAACAGGGGAUGCAUCUGCUUCAGAUCAUGGAAGCAAUCAUAGAUUGAUUGUCAGGUUUCCUAAUCCUGGUCGCAGCCCUGCCAGAAGCACCAGCGGAGGCUCUUUGGAAGAUCCCUCAGCUGGUAGCAGAGCAUCCUCUCCUGGUGUUCCUGAUAAAUCUGAGCCUGGAGAUCGGAAGGUGACUGGAAGGGAUGAUGUUGGUCGAACUUACACUCCUGCAGAUCUCAAUGGUGAAUCGUGGCAAAGCAAUGAUGUUAAGGAAGGGCUAAUUGUAUGCGAUGAGGGUGAUGGAUCUCCUACUAUUAUCCCUAAUGAAGAAGGAAGGACGGCUGAUGAAGCUCUGAGGGCUAUAGAAAUCUCUAGAACUGCUUGUUCAUCAUCUGGUGGUAAUGAUAAAGGUACCCAUGUUGGUGAGCCCAAGAUGAGGAAUUCUUUUAGCUCCAUGAAUGCGUUGAUUGAAAGCUGUGCUAAAUAUUCUGAAGCUACCACACCUUUAUCAGGAGGAGAUGAUAUAGGCAUGAAUUUACUUGCGAGCGUGGCAGCUGGAGAAAUUUCCAAAUCUGAUGUAGUUUCCUCCCCUGCUUCUCCAGGAGGUUCUCCUGCAAUCGAGGACCCUUGCAGUGGCAUAAAUGAGGCUAAGUCCAGGUUUUCUUCUGGUGACUCUGGUUGUCGAAAUAUUGGUCCAUAUGAUGAAAAUGCUGAUUUCAACUCUGAGAAGCAUGGAAAGGACAACGUUCCCUUGUUUCCUAAGGAUGACAUACAAGAGGCAGGUGUGAAUUUCCCAUGUGAUAUCACAGGGACUGCUCCCAUGUCGGAAGAUAGAACUCAACAAAAUGGGCUUCUCACUGAUGUAAAAGAAAAGUGUGACAGGGAAGAUGCACAUCAGAACCAGGAUGACCGGAGGACUGGUGGGCAGAUUGCUGAUGUUCUCACAAAUUGCAAUUCUGAGCUAAGGAGCCCUACAGAUCAAAUAAAAACCAGCUGCUCUGUUCAUGAAGUUAUUGUGGAAGGAAGCAAGUUCACAUCUGAUUCUAUUUGCAAAUCUUUGCCUCAUGGUAUUGACUCCGAUGCUUCUGCAUCUGGUAAAAAUAUUGACAACUUGAUGAAUGGGGAUUCAUCAAUAAUUCAUCCUUUUGAGGAGAGUGUUCAGACUGGUGCCACAUUAUCAGGACAAAAACCACAUUCUGUUGAUGAAACCAAAACAGUGGUGGAAAGAAAGGGGGGUGAUGGACCUGUUUCCUCUCUUACUGAUAAGUUUCCAUGCCCAGAAAAUGCUGAUUUAUCUAAAAGUAAGAUGUUUGAUAGCUCAGAUGGUAGAUGCCAUGAGCAGACUGAAAGGAACGGAUCAAUCAUCUCAGUCACAAGCAACAGAACAUAUAUCAUAUCUGCUUCCACCACACAUGGCAAGCCCAAUGGCACUGAGAACGUAGGUAAACUAGCUUCUCUUGAAAAGCAUGCUGCAAGUUCUGGUGAUCAUGAUCAACCACCUACCGUUCAUAGGGAAGCCGAUGCAUGUGCCAAAAUGCCUGCAGCUGAUGGAGACAAAAAGGAGGAAACUGCAGCUGAGAUUUCUUCAUUUGUUACAACCUCUGAGCAAGAUGCGGGGACUAAACUUGAUUUUGACUUGAAUGAAGGUGUACUUGGAGAUGAUGUGAAUCAGAGCGAGCCAAUUUCAGCUGCUGCAUGUGUUUACUCACCUGCAAUAAGAAUCUCAAAUUUCUCAUCUCUUUCAUCUUCACCCAAUCGAAAUGGUUCUCCAGCUCCCAUAACUGUUGCCGCUCCAGCUAAAGGAUCUUUUAUGCCUCCUGAAAAUCUGUUGAAGAGUAAGGGUGAACUGGGAUGGAAAGGCUCAGCUGCUACUAGUGCAUUUCGUCCUGCAGAACCUAGAAAGGUUCUUGAGAUGCCGCCCAAUACUUCUGAUGUGCAGUCAUCAGACUCUACCUCAACUAAGCAAGGCCGUCCUCCCUUGGAAAUUGAUCUCAAUGUUCCCGAUGACAGAUCUUUAGAAGAUGUAGCCUCUCAGAACUCUCCUCAGACAACAGGCUCCGAGUCGGGUGUAAUUAGUAACCAUGAUGUACCUGCAAGGGCUGCUGGUGGACUUGAUCUUGAUUUGAACAGAGUUGAUGAAGGUGCAGAAAAUGGUCAGUUCUUAGCCAGUACCAGCCAUCGAUUGGAAGUACCGUUGUUGCCUUCAAAACCAGCAGUGAAUGGAUUCCCUAAUGGCGAAGUCUAUAUGUUAAGGGACUUUGAUCUAAACAAUGGGCCUGGCGUUGAUGAAGUUGUUGCAGAGCCACUUUCAAGAAGUCAAAAUAUUAAGAACAGCAAUAACAUGCCAUUUGUUCCUCCUAUUGUUGGUCUUAGAAUGAAUAAUACCGAGCUGGGAAGUGGGUGGUUUCCACCUGGUAAUUCCUACCCAGCAGUUACCAUUCCAUCAUUCUUAUCUGAUAGAGGAGAGCAAUCUUAUCCAAUCGUCGCAGCUGCAGGGUCCCAGAGGAUUUUGGGGGCUGUAACCAGUGCUGGUUCUUUUGGAAGUGAUAUCUAUCGAGGACCAGUUCUUCCAUCCUCUCCAGCCAUGGCUUUCUCUCCAGCUGCUACUGCAUUUUCUUAUGCUGGUUUCCCCUUCGGCUCCAGUUUCCCUCUGGCAUCUACAUCUUUCUCUGCUGGAUCAACAAAUUAUGUUGAUUCUUCAUCUGUGGGCUCAUACUUCCCUCCCAUCCCUUCUUCACUCGUGGGAGCUGCAGGUGCUGUUACCUCCCCUUAUGCAAGGCCCUACAUGAUUAGUCUGCCAGAAAGCAGUGCUGCUACUGGAUCUGACAGCAGUAGGAAAUGGGGGAGGCCGGGUUUAGAUCUCAAUGCAGGUCCUGGAAGUGCAGAGGAAGUGAAAGAUGACAGAGUGCCCUCAACAAGACAGCUUCAUGCUGCCAGUUCACAGAGCUUCAUGGAGGACCAGGCAAGACUAUAUCAAGUUGCAGGUGGUGUUUUAAAAAGGAAGGAACCAGAAGGAGGUUGGGAACCCGAAAGAUUCACUUUUAAGCAGCCUUCAUGGCAGUAAUACCGGAGAUGACAUUCACGGUGAUGCAAGUGUGUGGCUCGGGAGUCUGCGGAAUGAAUGGAAAUUUUCUUUAUCACUAAGUUAUACACACACUAGAUCAUAUUUGUCCUGGUGUUUUCCUCAAGGGCAUUAUGGAGCUCAAUCAAAUGGAAUCCUUGAUGUAAUUGUUGUAAAUGUUGAGAUACGGUGCUCUCCUAUAAACCAAUUUUCAUGGAUCUGGUACUUUUUUUCUUUGUUUGGAUGCAUCAAGCAACACUCCAGCCAUGGUGAAGCACAAGGAUGAGCUAGUGCAGCUGCCAUAGAGAAGGGAACCAAAAACUUCCAGUUAUUUCUCUUGGCCUUUUCCCAAAUGACUGGAUUGGGAUGGUAUUUGGAGCUUUUCUGAAUGCGAAUCUGUUGGUAGUUGUUGUUACUGGAGAUUAGGUUCCUUGUAGAUAUAACUUUCUUUUAACAUGAAUGUUUGAGUUUCUUUCCCCUAGAAACUUGCAACUUUGCCAACAGGACAAAUGCUGUUUUGGUAAAAUGAGCUUUUCCAUCUGAAACAGUAUCGGUGGCACAGAACUUACAUGGCUGGCUCGUGUUGUAUGCACUGUGCUAAGAACAUAAGAAUAUUGUUUGUAUUUAAUAGUUUAGCUUCCCCGCUAAAUUUUGUCU